AGCCAGCCCGCGGCUCGGCCGCCGCGCCCCCCCAGGCCGCGCCCUCGGCCGCCGCGCCCCCCGGGGGGGCCGCGCGGCAGCAGCAUGGAGGGGUGGAAGAAGGCGCUCUUGGCCGCCGCGGGCGCGGGCGGAGUCGCCGCGGUGCUGUGGUACCUGCUGGCGGAGGAGGCGGAGGGGCAGGCGAGCGAGGACGGCGCCGCCGCGCCCGAGGGCGGCGACAAUAGGAAGAGCGGCCAGGGAGUUGUCGCGACCGGGGACGUGAGCAAAGACCAGGUGAUCCGGAUCCUGGGCGAUAUGGUCGCGUCUCAGGACCGCAUGAAGGUCCUCAUGAAGGACCUCAAGGCGAAGAUGCUGGCGAAGGACAUGGACUUCGCGGAGACUUACGAGCACGUCCGCUCCGUGCAGCCGGACGACCCCCUGGAGCGCCACGGCCUGUCCAUGUCGGACUUCGACGAGCUGGUGUCCAAGCACCAGAACGACCCGCAGGUCAUGCAAGGCAUCAUGCAGAUCAUGGGCAUGCCCGACGAGUCCAAGGUCGGGCAGGGGAAGCCGGUCGGCGAGGCGCAGGUGAUCGCCGUGCAUGCCUUCAUGCUGCAGGAGCUCGAGAAUCAGCUGAAGGAUUUCUCGAAGAUCGUCGGCCAGAAGGCUUGGGACAUGAAGACAGUGGCGUUGGCCUCCCAGGCAAUCGUCGCGGCCAAGGUGGAGCGGAAGUACGGCCUCACGUCGGAGGACAUCGAGGGCGCGGUUAUGCAGAACCGUCAGACCCUGGCCUCGAACGCCGAGUUCGCCGAGAUAAACCAGAAGAUGCAGGUCGCGAUGAGCAAGCUGAUGGGGGCUCCCGGGUGACGCAGCGGCCGGCCAGCCGCCUGCUCAACCGUUCCUGCUCCUGCAGAGGGGAGCAGGGAUUGGCACGCCGAGGUGGGUACGGCAAUAUUCUGGCACGGUGCUCAGUGAAGCAGGAUCCGCUUCGCUUCGACCGCCGAUCCGCCUCGACCAGCUCCCCGACGCGCGGCCCCCCCGCCGUCGGAGGGGAGCGCGGGCUCGGGAGAGGGAGGCCUCCCGGCAGGCCCGCGCGGCCGCGCGCAAUAGCCCUGCGCCGCGGCCCUUCACGCCUCGGGGUGGAGCCCGCGGGGCUUUGACGGGCUCGCGGCGUCGGAUGUCUGGGGGUCGCAUUCGGAGGUCGGCCAGUCGGCGGCUGGCACAGGGGCGGCAGCCCAGAACUUUUUUCGUGUGGCGGACAAGACAACAUCAGGUGGAUCGUCGUCUUGUGAUCGUUUUCUUAUUCGUUGUUUUGCCGACCGGCGCGGGCCCUCGCACUCCUCCCUCCCCCCCCAUGUAGUAGAUCUUGGCUGUGUUUAGCGCGUGUCUCAAGCAGGUGGGGUCUCUCUCCCCCAUAGGACGCAGGGCUGCAAACAGUCGCAGCAAGCAGAGGUCUGGAGUCUGGAGCCAGACCCCCCUCCCCUCCCCCGCCUUCCGCCCCAUGUCGAAGCGGCGA